CCAGCUCUGCGUGCGCAACGUGCGCAGUUUGCUUGAAAUGCAUUGUAUGUGUGCUGUAUCACGUAGUAGGCUAUACUUCACCUUUACACAGAGUUUUGUCGCUCUUCUCAUUAUGAAAUGCAGGGCUCAUUGAAAUAGCAUCGGAGGAUCGUCAGAUGCGUCGUUAACUUAAUCAAGCCGGACUUUUCUGGUCACACAAGGUAACUCUUUCAUAUAAACAUGGCCUGGUCUUUGGGAUGUUGCCAUAAAGACACACCCCUCGAAGAGAUGAACGCUGACCUAUUUUUUACUACAGUAUCAGAUGGCUCAAAAAAAAGUUCCACACUGAUUUUGCAAGACGUGUCCCGCUCCAAAACAGACAGCGGAAAGAGGCCGGUUAAAAUUCGUCCACCGAGCCCAAAAACUGCUCCGAGGCAAACAGCAGGCCGCAGCCUGUCAUUCGAACCUCCAACCAAAUCCAUCAUCCAGAGGCGCACACAGUCCCUUCCAUCUCCAUCAGAGAGACGGAGGCUUAGUCGCCGAGCCAGCGUCCGGUUUGUGGACUCAUUAGGGUUAGACCUGGAAAAUGUCAAGGUUUUCAAAAGCGGAGAGGACCCGUUUGUCCCAGAGCAUGUUCUCUUCCGACUCUUAAUGAAUUCAGAGUUCGCCUCAACUAAGGGGAUGGAGAUUUCCCUUCCUUAUCUGAAACCCAUGUUCUCAGUCCAGCCAGGGGACUGUUCAAACUUCACCGAGCGUCUGAGUGGCCAACAAGUAUGUCUGGAGCGGGUUUUGUGCUAUGAGCCUGGCAUUAUAGGGAUCGUUCAAGUUGUAAACUUGGCAUUUGAGAAGGAAGUGAAUGUUCGCUACUCUUUUACAAACUGGAAGAGCUGCUCAGAAACCAAGGGUUACUGGGUUACAAGCAAAUCCAUUUCAAACGGGCCCUGCUGUGACACUUUUCGAUUUCAUCUACCGGUUCCUCCAUAUAUCCUUCACCCCGGAGCAGUGCUGGAGUUUGCUGUUUGUUAUAAAGUAAUGGGCAUGCAGUUUUGGGAUAACAAUGAUGGGCAGAAUUACAAGUUAACCUGUCAGAGUUAUAAACUACCUGUGCCGAAGGAAUGUGAAGACAGCAUGAUACACUUUAUCUGAGGACACUGAUUUGUAGAUGAAACUUUUUUAAAGCACUGUGUCACUUUAUUUUUUUUUGCUUGCAACCACCAGCAUUUUCAACGUGUGAUAUACAUUGCUGACCUUCUGAACAUUUGCCGUUGUGUAUUUCAUUUGUGAUCAAAUAUGAGAUUUUUUACUUUAUGAUCGUGACAGCUAGACUGUAGCACUGAGAGUAUUACUAUAUGUUGGUUUGAUAAUGUAAUAUAGAUUUAAAAAGUGCCUUUAAAGUAUUUUUUUUUUUCUUUUUUUUUUUGCAUUUCAGGUUUGCACUUGUGUGAUGAUGUUAUUGUCACUAUGUGGUGGGUUUUCAUAAUACUUGUGGAUAUUGUAAACACAGAUGUUGAUAGAGUAAAUAAAGAUAGGUAAUUCCACUUGUUUUGAAGAACUGAUAAAAAAAUUAUAUAUAUAUAUAUAUAUAUAUAUAUAUAUAUAUUCAGCAAUUAUUUACAUGGUCCUUCUCAUAAAUGCUUCAAAAUAAAGCCACAUCUAGGCACAAACUGCUGUUUAUAAUGUGUUGUAGGGGUGAUUUAUUUUUGUAGGACAGACCUCAGAAAUGAGUUAGUAUUUUAGCACUUCUGAUGCCAGCAUCCUGAAGUCAGGUGGUUUCUAGAAACUCAAACUGGUGUGGAAAAAGUAAACGUUUUGUCAAUAUAACCAGGCUGAUGCUGACUUGAACUACAAAAAUGUCAUGACUACAAAAGUGUUUUUAUUGUAAGUUUAGUUUGUUAGUACCAUGAUUAAGGUUAUAACAACAAAGGUAUUUAUAUUUUACAAUAAAGAUACUAAAAUUCA